UAGCAGUAGCAGUAGUAGUAGCAGUAGUAGGAGCAGUAGCAGUAGCCGUAGUAGGAGCAGUAGUAGUAGCAGUAGCAGCAGUAAUACUGUUAUGAUCAGUAUUUUGACAGCGGGGAACGCCUUCUUCCAUCUUUGUAAACAGUCUCACUGCGCCUGCGUGUUCGUGUGUCACAAUAAUGGAGGAUCUUUUCUCUCCGCGCUGAAACCCGCAUUAAGCGUCGCGUUUCUCUGCACAGUUCGAAGAAAAUCCGCCUGCAUAUAAACAUCAGAAAUACUCCCAGUAGCAGAAAUGGCCUCAGACUCAGUAGCCCAAAAUCCUGUUUUCAGGAUCACAACCUUCCAUCCAACCAAGGAGGAGUUCAAAGAUUUCAGCCGCUACAUCGCAUAUAUGGAGUCGCAGGGGGCUCACAGAGCGGGCCUGGCGAAGAUCAUACCUCCGAAAGACUGGAAGGCCCGUCGUACGUACGAUGACAUCGAUGACCUGGUUAUUCCUGCUCCGAUUCAGCAGGUGGUGACAGGUCAGUCUGGGCUUUUCACACAGUACAACAUCCAGAAGAAGCCCAUGAGCGUCCGCGAGUUCCGCAAAGUCUCUAACACAGACAAAUUUUGCAACCCCAGAUAUGUGGACUUUGAUGAGCUGGAGAGAAAGUAUUGGAAAAAUCUUACCUUUAAUCCUCCACUGUAUGGGGCAGAUGUCAGUGGAACGCUCUACGAUGCAGAUGUGAGUGAGUGGAACGUGGGGCGGUUAAAUACCAUCCUGGACACAGUGGAGAGAGAGAGUGGGGUUAAGAAUAAAGGUGUGAACACACCUUGUCUUUACUUUGGAAUGUGGAAGAGCACAUUUGCUUGGCACACGGAGGACAUGGACCUCUACAGCAUCAACUACCUACACUUCGGAGAACCUAAAUCCUGGUAUAUUGUGCCUCCUGAGCAUGGAAAGAGAUUGGAGCGUCUUGCUAAAGGAUUUUUCCCUGGAAGUGCCCAAAGUUGUGAAGCCUUCUUACGACACAAAAUGACAUUGAUUUCCCCAUCAAUUCUCAGAAAGUAUGGUAUCCCAUUUGAAAAGGUCAUACAGGAAGCAGGCCAGUUUAUUGUGACUUUCCCAUACGCCUAUCAUGCUGGAUUCAACCACGGUUUCAACUGUGCAGAAUCCACCAACUUUGCCACGCAGCGCUGGAUUGACUACGGCAAGCAGGCAGCAUUAUGCUCAUGCCGCAAGGAUAUGGUGAAGAUCCCUAUGGAUUUGUUUGUGCGAAAGUUCCAGCCGGAGCGCUAUAAACUGUGGAAAGCAGGAAAGGACAGCGCCCCCAUUGACCACUCUAAACCCACACCAGAGGCGGCCGAAUUCCUGCUGGAUGGAAAAAAAGAGGGAGAGAGAGGAGAGCUGAGUAACAGCAGCAGGACUGAAAGAGUGCGAGAGAAAGAGAAAGAAACAGAAAAGACAAUCACAGAGUCAGAAGAGAAAGAGACACAGAAGGCUGAAAAAGACAGAGGAGAGAAAGAAACGAUGAAGACAGAUGCAGAGAGAGAAGAGAAAGAGGAAAAGGCUGAUAAAGAGAGAGAAAAGAAAAAAAUGAAAAUAGCUGAUGCAGAGAAAAAGAUAGAAAUGGCAGAUAAAGAGGCAGAACAAGCAGGGAAAGAAAAAGCCAAUGCAGAGAAAGGAGAUACGCAGACUGAUAAAGAAGAGAUAGAGAAAAAAGAGGUGGGAAGAGAGAAGUGCAGUGUAGAAUGUGGAGAGAGAGCUAAGAAAGAAGUGAAAGAAGAGACAAACACAAUAAUUACUGAAGAGAGUAGAGAAACCAAGAAGAAAGAAGCAGAAAAAGGAAUGAUAGAGAGUGAACUAAGAGAAAAAGAGACGAAUGAAAAAGAAAAAGGAGAGAUGGAGAACAAAGAGAAUGGGCAAACAGAGAAGAAAGAAGGAGAAAAAGAACAGAUGGAGAGUGAAGUGAGAGAAGAAAGAGAGAAUAAUGAACAGAUGGAGAGUGAAGAGAGUGGAGAAACAGAGAAAAAAGAAGGAGAGGAAGAAGAGAUGAGUGAAGAGAGUGGAGAAACAGAGAAAAAAGAAGGAGAGGAAGAAGAGAUGAGUGAAGAGAGUGGAGUUACAGAGAAGCAUGAAGGAGAGAUGAAGAGUGGAGAGGUGGAGAAGAAAGGAGAGGAAAAGAUGAGUGAAGAGAGUGGAGAAGUGGAGAAGAAAGAAGAGAUGAAGAGUGAAGAGAGUGGAGGAGUGCAGAAGAAAGAAGAGAUGAAAGAGAUGAAGAGUGAAGAGAGUGGAGAAGUGCAGAAGACAGAAGAGAUGAAGAGUGAAGAGAGUGGAGAAGUGCAGAAGAAAGAAGAGAUGAAGAGUGAAGAGAGUGGAGGAACAGAGAGGAUUAAAGGAGAUGAAGGAGAGAAGAAGAGUGAAGACAGUGGAGGAGUGGAGGAGAAAGAAGGAGCAAAGGAAAAUGAAAACUUAGUGGAGAUGGAAAAUAAAGAGAACGAGAAAACAGAAAGAGAGACAGAGGCAAUAGAGAUGGAGACUGAUGGAGAGACGGAUAGCAACAAAGUGGAGAGUGAAAAAACAGAAGCAGAGAGAAAAGAGAUGGAACCAGAAAAGCAAGAGAUGGAUGAACAGACAGUGAAAGGAGAGACUAAUAGCAGAGAGAUGGAUACUGCAAAUGAGGAGACCUUGCGAGACAAGACAGAGACAGAAAGAGCAGAAGACGAGACAAGAAGGCAAGAGAUGAAUACAGUAAAGGUGAAGAUGGAAGAAGGAGAGAGAGACAGAGGAGGGAUAAAUGAAAAGGAAGAGCGAGAGACAGGGGAGCUGGGAGAAACCAAUUUCGAGAAAAAAGAGAUGGACACUGAAAAAGAAGAGAGCGUAAGAGGAGAGAUGGUGACAGACAACACUGACAAAGAGAGCGAAAAGAUGGAAACUGAAAAAGAGGAGAGAGAGGAAGUAAUGACUGGAACUGAAACAGAAGAGACAGACGCAGGAGAGAUGGAGAUGAAAGAGGGAGAAGAUGCAAGAGAGAGUGAGAAAGCGGAGAAGAAUAGCAGAAGUGAUGAAAGGCCCAGCAGCUCUACAGUGCGGGAGAAAAGCAGCACUUGUAAGCAGAAGGACAGAAAGCGGCAGAGAAGAGCCACUUCUGGUACUGCUGAGACUGAGGCUGAAGAGCAGGUGCAGCAGAAGAGAGCUAGGCUCAGCCAACCUGAAGCAAAAGAAGAGAAACGACAGCCUUAUUCUUAUGAAAGAAAAGAUGAGGAGAGGAUGGAGAUUGAUACUCCAUCGAAACAGGAAGAAAUGGCAGGCCAUCAUCAUCCUCACCCAGAGACUCUCAUCUGUCCAUCAGACAACAGACCACCGCCACAGAGUGCUGACCUCAUUCCUUCUGAACCUAGUGAUGCCAUGCAGCCUGGUGACAUCACAGAUAUCCCAAGCCAUAGCACUUCUCUGUUCAUUUCUUUCACUGCUAGUGAUGUCACUACCCAGGCAAGUGACAUCAACUCUUAUCCAAGGGAUGUCACCUACCAGCCAAGUGACAUCACCUCUCAACUGAGAGACAUCCCCUCCCAGCCUAGUGAUGUCGCCUACCAGCCAAGUGACAUCACCUCUCAGCCAAGUGAUAUCAUCACCUCCCAGCUAUGUGACAUCACCUCCAAGCCGAAUGAUGUAAUCUCUCAGUGUGACAUUACCUCGCAGUCGAUUGAUAUCAUGUCUAAGCCGUGUGACAUCUCCUUGUCGAGUGCUAUCAUUUCUGAUUUGAGUGAUGUCACAUCCCAAACAACUGAUAUGAUAACUCCUCAGUCCAGUGAUGUCACCUCCCAGCCGAAUGAGACCAUCACCCUGUCCAGUGAUGUCAUCGCUUCUCAGCCAAGUAACAUAAUUGCCUCCCAUCCCUGCGAUGUCACCUCUCUGUCAACUGACUUUAUUACUUCUCAGCCAAGUGAUGUCGUCACCUCCCUCCAGCCGAGUGUUGUCAUUUGUCAGCAGCAUGACAUCAUUACUUCACAACCAAGCGAUGUCACUUCUCAGCCAAGUGACAUCACUUGCCAGAUGAACAAUGUCACCUCUCAGCCAAGUGACAUCAGUUACCAGCCAAGUGAUGUCACCUCUCAGCCAAGUGACAUCACCUCCCCGCCAAUUGACAUCAUGUCCGAGGCGAGUAAUAAAACUUUUCAUCAAAGUGAGCUUGUUGCCUCUCAGAGGAGUGACAUCAUUAAAUCCCAGUUCAGUGACAUCACCACUCAGCCGAGCAACAUUACUGAGCUGAGUGACAUCACCAUUCAGCCAUGUGACAUCAUGACUUCCCAGCCCAGUGAUAUCAUCAUGUCACAGCCAAGUGAUACCACGUUUCAUUCAAGUGACAUUGCCACCCCCCAGCUGAGUGAUAUCAUUUCACAGCCAAGUGAUGUCACGUUACAGCCUAGAGAUAUCACAAUUAACCCAAGCCAUAGCACUUCUCUGUCCGUUUAUGUUACUUCCUCCUCCACAGUCAGUGACUCACAGCUGAGUGACAAUAUUUCUCAGCCAUCUAACAUCCCUUCCCAGCCCAGCAUAGCCACUCCACGCUAUUUCCUCAAAAGUAAAUCCAUUAAUGCCACCGGGCAGCCUAGAAUCAUCACUUCAUCACGUAAUGCUAUCACCCCGAAGCCCAGCAGAAUCACAGCUAAACCUCAGUCUGGUGGCAUCACCACAAAGCCUGACCCAAGUGACCUCAGCGUUCGAGCUAGACACACCAAUAAUACCAGGCACCGUGGUGAUGCUACAUCCAGACACAGCAAAACCAGCCCUAAAGCUGAGACCAAAUCCAGAGAGAGUCAUGCAUCACUGCAGCAGGGCAGCGAGGAGCAUUCGGCUCAGCGACUCUUCCAGCGGACUCUUAGUUCUGCCGAGGUGCUUCACGUCCACAGCUACGCUAAAGGAGACUACAGCGACCUCGACUCCCACAGCAGAGAGCAGCAGAGAGACAGUGACACAGACACAGAGACACUGGAAGACAGCCAGCAGGGGACAGAAGAAGACUUUGAAGUUGCUUUGAAUAGUCUGGUGAAGCUGCCCAGACACCAUCCUCUGAUGAAGGACAGCAUCAGCGAUGAAGAGCUGCAGGACCAGGCUGGAUUUGAAGAGGACUGGUUGGAGGGUGAGUCAUGGGCAAAGCCUCUGGCUCAGCUGUGGCAGAACAGGCCGUAUAAUGAAGAGAGGGAGAGAGAGUACAACAGAGAGAUGGGCCUCCAGCCACCAUACUGCGCUGUCUGCAUGCUCUUCCAGACAUACCAGCGGACUGAAGGUGGCAAUAUUGAGGUGGUCCAGGCUGGGGGUCAGAUGCGAACGAAGCCGUUGAUUCCUGAGAUGUGCUUCAGCACCACCACAGAGGAAAAUGCUGAACUCCGCUUGUCCACACCUCACCUGGAGCUGGACGGCACCAGCCUGUUAAUCAGCUGCUCUCAGUGCUGUGUUCGUGUCCACUCCAGCUGCUAUGGUGUAGCGACUGAGAGAGUCACCAAAGACUGGAAAUGUGCUCGCUGCAAGGCCAACGCCAUGACUGAGAGUUGUUGUCUGUGCUCAUUACGAGGUGGAGCCUUACACAGAGCCAACAAUGACAAGUGGGUGCAUGUGCUAUGCGCGGUGGCGGUGCUGGAAGCACGUUUUGUGAACAUUGCAGAGCGAUCACCAGUAGACCUCAGCGGAAUUCCCUUACAGAGAUUCAAACUGAAAUGCUAUUAUUGCAAGCGGAGGAUGAAGAAGCCAUCAGGUUGCUGUGUGCAGUGUUCUCAUGGCCGCUGCCCUACGUCAUACCACCCCACCUGCGCCCAAGCCGCGGGUGUUCUCAUGCACCCAGACGACUGGCCUUUUAUUGUCUACGUCACCUGCUGCCGCCACAAAGGCCCUGUCCAUUCAGAGCGGAACAAAGAGGCCAUGAGGGAGCUCAAUGUGGGUCAGAAAGUGAUCUGCAAGCACAAAAAUGGGCGCUAUUACCAGUGCGAUGUGGUCCAGCUUUCCAAAGAGACAUUUUACGAGGUCAACUUUGACGACGGCUCCUUCAGCGACAACCUCUUCCCUGAGGACAUUGUGAGCCGUGACUGCAGCCAGCUGGGCCCGCCGCCCUCGGGAGAGGUUGUGCAGGUGCGGUGGACUGACGGACUCAUCUAUGGAGCCAAAUUUGUGGCAGCGCAUGUCACCCAAAUGUACCAGGUGGAGUUUGAGGACGGAUCACAGCUCACAGCCAAGCGGGACGACGUCUACACGUUAGACGAAGAGCUUCCCAAGAGGGUGAAGUCCAGACUGUCGAAAGCAUCAGACAUGCGCUUUGAUGGAAUUUUCGGCGAGAAGAAAGUUCAGGACAGCAAGAGGCAGCGGGUCAUCAACUCCAGGUAUCGGGGAGAUUACAUCGAGCCAGUCAUCUACAGAGCCAUCAUGGAGUAGCUAGAAGAAAGCCGGCGCCUUCUUCCCUCACACCACCAGCACUGAUUCAGUCCUAUACACCCACACAAUCCCCGGUUACACUCCAGCUCAAAACACAAAGUGAGACGUGGACUUUCUCUUUCUGCUCAGAUACUUCUACAGGAACUGUUUUUUUGUAACGCGUUUCAAUUGGUUCAACAAUAUUGCCUUUACUUUCUGAUCGCUGAAAAGCUGCCAGGUUUCUGUAAGGCAUCUUUUAAAGAGUGAAGGCAUAUUUUAAAAUAUACACACUCAUAAUACAUCCAGACAGAAAGAACGUGCUUAAUACGCUUCCUGGAAAUUAAGCCGCAUGUGCAUAUAGCUUAUGGUAAACCUUAUCCCAAAAGCAUUAGUUAACGGAGUUUGUAUUAAUUUGAUAAAAGAUUUUUAUCUCCAUCUUUCACUUUGUAUUAAUUUAUUUUCUUCAUGUUCAGGGUGCUAUUCCAGCCCAUAUUUUACAGAACGGAGGAACCGUUCUGCAUUUUAUUAAUACAAAUGCCUCCUUUUUUAAUAGAUCUACACUAUCAUCAAUUGUACAAUUGCAUUCCUGAAUAUUGUAGACUAUUUGGAACAUAAUGAAUUUAGCAUUUUUGCAUUUCUGGAGUUGUUUUGUUUCUUUCUUUUUUACCAACGUAUUUAUUAGACGGUGCUUUAUAAAAGUAGCCUUUUGCAAUAUAAUUGUGUGAGUUACAGUGCUGUACAAAGUUCUGGAUGGAUGAUGUGGUUUCAUUUUGACUGAAAAGUAUAUGUAGAGUCGAGACUCUUUUUUGAAAAAGCCACGGAUUUCCUGCCCAGUCCCCAGAGCUCUUUACUGUGUUCGAGGCUUUCCACCUUGCACUCUGAUCUGAAUCCUGUUUUUUUAAUAAUAACUUACUGCUGUUGCAAUCUUAUCAAAUCCCCGUGCUUUAAAUAAGCUAUUUUUGCACUUCUGAGCUGUACUUGCAGUAGCCAAGUUCCAGAAACAGCCACACACAUGGAGGUUAAAGGUGGCCUUUCAGUGCCCUUUUGCUUGCCUGUGUACGAUGUGUAGUCUGUGUCUGUUAGGGCCAUGUAGUCAACAGCCUUUUGGAUAUUAUCGAGUCUCUUUCGCUCAAUAGGAAGAGACCUGUAUUACCACUUUAAAAGAAAAAAUGACUUAUGAAAGGAAAUGUUUUUUAUUAAGAAGCUUAUUUUAUUGCUUUGUUUUAUAAUAAGUGUUUAAUGUUCAUAUGCUGUGAGAUAGUUGUAUGUAGUUAAUUUAAUGACAUUGAGCUGCCAGUGCGUUUGGGCUGCCUUUUGUUUUCCAGCUUUCUUAAAGAAACAUGAGCCUCCAUCCACACUGCGCCUCAUGAAUGCAGAGCCUCUGAGACUUCGAUUCAUGUCUUUUGUAAAGAUCAUCAGUGUGUGUCAGUAAAAUGAUGUGGGCCUA